AUGGAUGUUUUAUAUUUAUUUUCCAGGAGGAAGAACAACGACACCAUGACGGCGCACACGAUGUGUCACAACCCCACGCUGCCACUAGAGGGCGUGGACCCCGUCCUGCUGCUAAACUUCACCUCCAGAGAGUGUCACAUGAUUCCACAGCCCGCAGAGGGCGGAGCCAUGAUGGUCUGCGGCUGCCAGGGAGAACAUGAAUGUAACGACAAGCUGAUCUUUGACAAGGGAGCCAAUGGAUUUUCCAAGCUGCAGAGUAAAGAUGUGAUCCCAGUGGUGGUGGUCAGCUUGGUGCCUCCUGUCCUGGUUGCCAUAGUUGCCGUCACCGCCUUCUACUUUUACCGCACACAUCGACCUGACAAACCGGGCCCUCCUGCACGCCCUGGCUGGCCCACCACACGCACCCCAGAGCUCUACCAGGCUUUCGACCUGCCAAGUGGGGGUCUGGGGGCUCGGGGAGAGCGUGGAGGAGGAGGAGGUGUGAUGGGUCCUGGGGCUGAGGGGGAGGAGUCUAAUUCCAACAAUGACAUUGUCGGUGACAUAACAGAUUGGCAUGGCCAACUGGCUGAACCACUACCCAUCAAGCUGGAUGUCCUGGUGGGGAAGGGGCGCUUUGCUGAAGUGUGGCGGGCACGCCUUCUGCAGGGCGAGAGGGGUGGAGCCAACGCCUAUGAAACUGUGGCGGUGAAGGUGUUUCCAGCCGUAGAGUACGCCUCGUGGAGAAACGAGUGCUCCAUCGUCUCCGACCCCAAGCUGGAGCAUGACAACGUGGUUCGCUUCCUUGCAGCUGAAGAGAGGGGCCCGCCGGGCCACGCCCUCAGGGAGUACUGGCUAGUUUUGGCUUACCACGGCCUCGGGAACCUGCAGGACUUCCUCACAGCAAACAUACUGAGCUGGCAGGAACUUGUUCCCAUGGCAGGCAGCAUUGCUAAGGGGAUAGCUCAUCUGCACAGUGACACAACGCCCAGUGGGGUACCAAAGGUGCCAGUUGCCCAUCGAGACCUGAAGAGCAGUAACAUUGUGGUGAAGAGCGGUAAGGAGUGCGCUCUGUGCGACUUUGGCCUGGCGUUACGACUGGACCUCGCUCUUUCUGUCGACGACUACGCCAACAGUGGACAGGUGGGGACAGCUCGCUACAUGGCUCCUGAGGUACUUGAGUCCAGGGUGAACCUGGAGGACCUCGAGGCCUUUAAACAGAUGGACGUUUACUCCAUGGCUCUGGUACUCUGGGAGAUGGCCUCACGCUGCCACGCCAUCGGAGAGGUGAAGAGCUACGAGCCGGCGUUUGGCUCUAAGGUUUGUGAGCAGCCCUGUGUGGACAGCAUGAGGGACCUGGUGCUGAGGGACCGAGGACGGCCGGACAUCCCCUCAGCGUGGACGCAGCACCAGGGGAUGAGUGUGUUCUGCUCCACCAUCACAGAGUGCUGGGAUCACGACCCUGAGGCCAGACUGACGGCUCACUGCGUGGUGGAGCGCUUCAGCGUCCUGCAGCAGGAGGAGGAGGACCAGAGGCCGGAAGCUGACGGAGAGGAAGACAGGGACAGAGAAAAGGACUCAGAGACACCAGACAAUGAGCAGAUUCCCCCCUUCUCCCCUGCUGCUUCCUCACCAUCCUCCUCUUCCUCUGUCCAGAUUCCUCAGCCUGACUCAGAGAGCGGCGAUACAGAUGUAUCCCAUGAUUCCCUGCUUCACACUGGUUCUGUGGUGUGAGUGUUGGACCUCGCCAUCCCAUGCUGAUGAAGGACCCUUCUCGCUGCCUCAACUGCCGGUGUUGUCUUGUCAGUGUCACAGGCCUGAAGUGGAUAAACGUGGCUGUAGAACUAAACUGUGGCGGCAGAUGAUGUGACAUAAACAAACCCUGCUGCUGGGUUAGCAUAUGUGCUGUUUUUGUGGAGUGUACCACUUUUAGCUAUGCUGUCAGUGUCGGUCGGUCCAGACCAAGCAGGAUCCUCCAAGUCUAAAAAGUGAAGCCUUAAACCUGCGUCCUCUCCAGCAGCCAGCAGGGGGCGACUCCAGCAGCUGCAGAAAGAAGUCUAGGAUCCACAGAGUCGGCAGGAUUCCUCCUGUGGAUACCACAGAUGUCUGCACCACUUCUCAUGGUGAUCCAUCCAACAGUUAAAGAUAUUUCAGUAAAAGUAAAACAUAUCAACCUGCUGAAGUUCUUACAGUCCAUCCUAAAGGGGAACGUGAACGUCUGAACCAAACAUCAUCCCAACACAUCCAACAGCUGCCGAGAUUCAGUCUGGACCACAGAGGAGGAACGAGCGGCCGAUAGACCGACGCUGCGUGAACGGCUGAAAAGGUAACGUCUGUAUUUACCCGGCAGUGUGAACCCUGCACACAUCCUGGGCUUUUCGCCUGAAGACCGGAGAGGAUAGAAGCUCUGCUGGCGGAGACGCUCCCUCAGACUGUCCGGUUGUGUGAACGCGUUUGUAGGAGCUGGUCUCCACGUGGUUCUGGUGUUAUUCUUUGAUAGCUACUGUGAUAAUCAGUACUAUAACUAUCAGACUGUUGCAUCAGAUCUGAAUCACACGCAACAUAUUUCCAUGUGUUGUUGUUGCCAAGAUGUAAAGGUCCAAUGUUCUUCUCAUUAUAUGUGAUUUGAACUGAAUAUGAACACUGAACUAAAAAUACUUUUCCAUCCAUCAAGAAACACAGACACACAAAACCACUAUCGGAUGGAAAACUGAGUGUGUUUUCUGUAAUUGAUUCUUGAUUCUGUCUGUAAUUGUGUUUCCUUCCUGUUUUAUGCUCAUUUUCAGUUUGUGCAUAAAUGCUGAAAUUUCAUGAAAAA